UUAUGCUUACUCCAAAGCGGAAGUGUUAAAAGAAACCCUCCACACGUGUUUCAGCUGCAGAUUUUGAAGGUUACAGGAGAAGCAGCGGCAGGGUUUAGUGUCGGUUGUUCGCAGCAGAGGGUCAGAGGAGCGGCGUGGUUGGAGGCCGAGGCUGAGCAGCUCGGACACGGAGACAUGGACCCCAUGAAGGCGCAGCAGCUGGCGGCGGAGCUAGAGGUGGAGAUGAUGGCAGACAUGUACAACCGAAUGACAAACGCCUGCCACAGGAAGUGCGUCCCACCACACUACAAGGAAGCGGAGCUAACCAAGGGCGAGUCUGUGUGCCUGGACCGCUGCGUGGCCAAGUACCUGGAUCUGCAUGAGAGACUGGGCCGGAAGCUCACAGAGCUUUCUGUGCAGGACGAGGAAAUGAUGAGGAAAGCAGCUGUGGGGAGUGGAUAGCAACUGGGAGGAAGAAAAGAGAAUCUGUGUAGAGAAGAACAAGGGUUUGGGCUGGGAAGGGCAUAUGUGGGUUUUAAAAGACUUAAAUGUAAAUUUAAAUCUAUUGUUGGGUUCAUUAGGAUGAACUUUAUCCUCUUGCAUCAGAGGAUGAUGCAGACAUCAGCACUGAAGGAAUUGGGGAGAGUUUCUGUGCUUCAAGAGCCUCUCAGGAUUGGUAUCUUCUUCCAUAUCGUCUGUAGAUCUCACCUACUGAGAACUGACUGGAAAGAAGGACGUAUGCUCACACUUCUGAGUUCAGCUUAAUGGCUGCUCUCCAUCUGUCUGUAAACCUGAAUCAUUUUAAUUAAUGAGCUGUUACUGUUGAUGAAAUGAACCCAGUCACCCUUUCACUGUUGCUUUUUUAUUUGAAAGAGAUAAGUUAACAUUUCAGCUGAUUUUUUUUUUCUUCCAUUUAGCUGUGUAUAAGAAGUUUUUUUUUUAUUAAGUUCUCAUGCAGAUACAAGCUGCCAGGGGUCCCCUGACCAGCAGGGGCCGAUAUAGGGCCUCUUUAAAUACGUCAUGAUUUCAGAAUGCUGAAUAUCAGAAUAAUCUACAUAAUGUUUAUAGCUAAUGUUAAUCUAAGUUUAACUAAAAACUAAAAAUGUUCUUGUCUUUGCUGGUCUUCAUUUAAUGUCAUGCACCCUACCCACAACUACAAAUGUUAAUAAAUAGCUUAAAAUGGUC